AUGACCAUGCCAGGCAAACAUGUCGAGCGGAUUCGUUUCGCUCCUUCGCAGAUGCUCCCACGGAGCCAGUUGAAAAAACCUAUUAGGGAUAUCCUUCGGGAUACCAGUAGAAGAUUCAAGGCGGUUGUGGACAUGUACAACGGCCCUGAGGAAUCGAUAAUUUUCGAAGGCAAGGGAUCCGUGGACGCUGUGCGCCAGGCACUCAAGGAGGUUGCCCAACAAGUGGGUUCCAAGCAAUCUGUGUGUGUGCCAAUUCCAGCGUCCGCAAGGCCUCAUAUCAUUGGUCGGCAAGGGGCAGUUGUGCAGGGCAUCCAUGACCGAACUGGUGCUCGAAUCAAUGUUGCUAGGCCGGGAGAGCCAUCACUCGCUGAGGAUGACGACGAUAGUGUUACUAUAGAUGUUCGCAUUGAAGGUGAUGCGGUGGCUGCAGAGAUGGCGAGAAGAGAGAUAGAGUCAAUUUUAAAGGAAAGGUCGUUGAAUAUCACCUUACGGCUUAGAAAUAUUUCUCCUGAACUUUUCCCUUUCAUUGCUGGUGCCCACAACGUACAUUUGAACCAGCUUGAAGAGCGCACGAAAGCACAGAUCAAAAUCCCACACUAUGAUACGUGGUCGCGACCUCCUCCAUCUGAGGCCGCUGCUGGCCAAGUCAAAUUUUCCCCUGAUCCUGACAAGCACAUUCAAAUUUCUGGUGAACGAAGUGCUGCACAAGACGCCCGCGCCGAGAUUGAGAGGAUUGCUGAGGAAUUACAUCGACAAAUCACAGUUCGACAGCUGGCCAUCAAUCGAGGACAGCAUCAGUUUGUUUUGGGCAAUAUGAAUAGUUCAUUGCAUGAUUUCUUAGCUCAGACCGGCUGCUCGAUCGUGCUGCCACCCGCAAACGAUGAUACAGAAUUUUUGACUAUCAUAGGGCCUCCCGUGCAAAUCGAAUUCGGAAUUAAUCGUGUCAUGGACCUGGCCACGAGCAUGCAAAUGGCCAGUAUUGAUAUAUCCAGGCAGCACCCUGCAGCGCCUUCUGGUCCCCAUGUACACGCCCGAGCUCUAACUUCCUACCUAAUGCAACGACAAGCUAUUAAGAAGCUCGAGAGGCAAUAUGAUGCACAUAUUGUUUUGCCUCCCGCGUCAGAUGGCCCUGUUACUUGGGAAGUGUACUCAAGAGAUGGAAAGAACACCAUCCGCGCACGAUCCGAUAUUAUCAACCUAAUACAGGCUCAUCCGCCCUCUAAAGUUGCACCAUUGCUCAUUGAUCCCUAUUUUCAUUCCCAUCUUCGCUCUCGUGUUGGUCCCCAACUGAAGGACAGGUUUGGUGUGCAUUUAGUUCUGCCAGAAGACCCGGAUAGUUCAACCGUUGUACUCGUAUAUGAGGGACACGUGUGGGUCGCGGGGGAAAACGAACUACCAAGAAUUCGCCCACCGACAAGUGAGCUUUCCGUGUUUGAAAAUGCAUUGACUGAGGCAAAAAAAUAUCUUUUUGCGUCUUUGGGUAAUCAUCACGACAUUUGCAACAAAUUAGUCGCAGUUCCGUUAAGGUAUCAUGAUAAACUCCGAAAAUUCAUCGACAAGCGACAACAAGCGAAGGGAGAGGAACAUAUCCCUAUCGCCGUAAGUGUAACUAGAGAGCAGAUACAGCUCCGUGGCCGUGCUUGCGAGGUUGAAGAACUCUCAUCUGAAAUUGAGAUCUUCGUUCUGGAACAACAAAAGGACGAUUUGGAGAGGGGCUACACACUCUCUUUUGAGUUCCCACAAAAGUAUUCGAAUAUCUUGAUCGGUAAAAGAGGCGAAAAUAUCAACAAUCUCCGAGAGGAAUUUGACGUUGACAUCAAGGUGGAAAACGGUAUAGUGGAGAUCAGGGGUCCGAAAGUCAAAGCAAAUAAUUGCCGAGCCCGGAUUACUGCCCUGGGCAAAAAGUUAGAUGAUGAGACUACAUAUGUGUUGAAAAUCCCCCAACAGUAUCAUCGCGAUUUGAUUGGACAAAAGGGCAGCCAAGUCAACCGUCUGGAGGACCGGUAUAAUGUUCGAAUUCAGUUUCCUCGAGUCGCCCGCCUUCUUUCCGCCGACGACCAAUCCCUAGUCGAAACUGCAAGUCAACAUGGGCACAACCGAAGCAUUCGUCCUGCCCAGGCCCCUGACGAAGUUAUCAUCCGAGGUCCUCGUAAAGGUGCGGAUGAAGCUCGAGGAGAAAUUCUUAGCCUCUACCAGUGGGUCAUGGACCACUCACAUUCGGAUUUUGUGUCUGUCGCGCAGAACCAAAUUCCUAUGUUAAUCGGCCAAAAAGGUCGCGAAAUGGAUAGACUUCGAGCAGAUACCGGUGCCCAGAUUGAUGUGCCUAGCGCGAAUGACACUCCUGAUGCCGUUGGAAGGGUGACUAUUAAACUGAAAGGGACAACAAAACAAGUUGCGGACGCCAAGAAAUUAUUGCUCCAGAGAGUCCAGGAGUUCGAUUCAACCGUUGUCAAAACCAUCGAUGUGGAUAAGAAGCACCACAAGGUGCUGAUCGGUGGUGGUGGAGCCACUAUUCGCAAGAUUAUAAGUGAUGCUGGUGGGCCGAGCGAUGGGAGUGCAGCCAGAAUGGUGAAAUUUCCCUCCCCAGCGAGCCCUGAUUCUAUUAUUCGGCUAGAAGGAAAUUCUGUGGUUGUACAAAGAAUCAUUGCGGCAAUCGAAGACUUUGUCCGAGAGAAGGACGACCAGAUAAUAGCAUCUAUUGACAUACCCCAGGCGCAACAUCGAUUUUUAAUUGGCCGGGGUGGAGAGGCUCGACGGAAUAUAGAGAGCCAGUUCAAGAUAGUUCUUGAUAUUCCAAAACAUGAGUCUGGGCGCACCGACAUUAACAUUAGAGGCUCAAGCGGUGCAGUCCAGGAGGCAAAAGCCUACAUUCAAUCUCUCGUCGAAGAGCAGCAUGCUGAUAGCAUUUUGGUUCCAGCAAGUUUGCAUCAUAUCAUUGCUGAAAACGGUGCCUUGUUCCGCCGACUUCGAAAGGGAUAUCAAGUCAGCGUUGAUCAUGCUGGACACCACAUCCCACCACGUCCUGACCCAUCAGACAUCCGCAAUCAAAUCAACGGCCAGGACUCUCCUCUUCCCCUGAUAACUGAUGGCGCUUCCACCAACCCUGCCACGCAUUCCUGGAAGAUGGUGGAUCUGAACCCGACCGAAUCAGCUGAUUUACCUUCGGCAAAGGGAAUUCCUUGGGUCUUCUCAGGCACACCAGAGAAUGUCGCCAAAGCGAAAUCAAUUGUUGAAAUUUCUCUCCAGACGGCCUCGCAGAAUUUUGCCACCGGAUAUCUGAUUCUCCCAGACCCGAAAAAUUAUCGAUUCGUUAUAGGACCUGGUGGCAGCACGAUCAACGAGAUUCGCAAACAAACGAACUGUAGGAUCAACGUACCAAAGAACCAGGCUCGAGGCGAGGCUAUUCAGAUCAAGGGCCCACGGACUAGUUUGAAUGUAGCUAAGGACAUGAUCUUGAAGGCGGUACUAACCAAUGGAGGGAGAUGCGAUGAAACCUCCUGUUGAUCAUUGGCUGACAUGUUUUGAAUACUAAUAUGUAUAUAGGUUUAUAUACCAGAAAACAAUAGAGCGGGUGUCAAAAACCUUUU